AUGGCAGCCAGGACAGCAUGCAAGGAGGUUUCCUCACCGAUUGAAGGAGCAGGGCCCAUAAUACCACCCAUGAUUGUUGAAAAUACUGGGGGGCUUGCCACGGCAGAUUCACUCUCUUAUGGCUCCCACUGGUGGCCGUGCCUAGGCUGGGUCUUCCACAGGUGGCUUCAAAGGAACCUAGUCUACGCAGGUGCCCACCCGUCUUGGCUGCCCACUCGUGCCAACCAGACGCUCCAAGACACUUCGGACACUUUAAACACAGAGCCGGAUAAGCAUCUCGCGCCCGUCAGCCAAUCACCGUCGCGCUGUCUCGACGGGGAUGCUAGUCUGGCUCUCCGCUUAAGAACGCGCCUGGUGGAGUGCGGGAAGGUCAGACCUCGGAAUUGGCUGUCCGAGUACGUCGUUCCGGGAACAGAAACCUUCUCUCGCGUCGAAAAGGAAUUCGCUAAUGCAACGCUCACUUUCGCCACCGUCCAUCGCCCUCCCUUCACCAUGCUUGAGAAACGUAGCGGUUCCUCGGAGAUCAUUAAGGCAACUGGAUUCUGCUUUUCGAUGCUGGAAUUACUCGUCAAACAGUUUGGUUUCAAGUAUCGACUAGUAGAAGUUCCUGAUGGUAGUUUUGGUGUCAAGGACGAAAACGGGGAUUGGAAUGGAAUGGUCGGAAUGGUAGUUAGAGGGGAGGCCGACGGCGCCAUCGGGAGCUUCACCGUGAGUCACUCGCGCUCCACCGCCAUCGAUUUCACGGCGCCCUUCUUCGAGGAACCGACGGGGAUCCUCCUGCCGAAGCCCACCAGCGGGUCCAAGAUGACGGCUUUCCUCGCGCCGUUCUCCUGGCAGGUGUGGAUAGUGACAGCCGUGUUAGUAGUGGUGGUAGGAACUCUCCUCUCGCUGUUAUCGGCUCACUUCCCUCUCCUCUAUCCUCACCGGGGGAAGUUACCUGGUAGCCUCAUUCAGUACAUCACUUACACUGCCAAGGCGUUGCUCAGUCAGAGCAAUACCAUGCGGCAGACAAAUGCUUCACGGGUUCUUCACAGCUUCUGGUGGCUUCUCGUCCUCACCCUCAUUUACUCAUACUCAGGGACCCUCAUCGCCUCCCUCACUGCUCCUAAACUUGUCAAGAUUGCCGAUUCGCUGGAAGACCUGGUGAACCAACAGGAAGUUCCAUGGACAGUUAAGCAAGGAUCAGUACACGAGACUUUGUUCGUGAGGGCACAGACGGGAAUUUAUGGGAAAAGUGGGCGAUUUGUUACGACGUCAGCCCAGCAUUAUGGCUUCCUCUAAUGAUGGCGGCGUGGAUAUGGUCCGCACCGGCGAUCAUGCGUUUAUUAAGGAUUUGUCUUUCCUGAAGGUCGCAAUUGCUACGGACUACAAGAAGUGCCAAUGCUGUAGGUUUUCCUUGGCGAGAGAGACUUUUUUCAAGUCAUAUUUCGCUUGGAUUAUGGAGAAGGGGUCGGUUUACACACAAGUCAUCAAUUCGAGAUUUUUGCAGUAUGAACAAUUUGGAUUCUUUGCGAAGUGGCAGCAAGAUUUUUUCCCUCAAGACAACGAGUGUACUCGUCCGAGUCCAAGAGGUCCGCGCAGUCUAGGUCUCGAGGAUCUAGUGGGAUGUUUCACACUCCUCGGGACUCUUUUAGUAUUAGCAACCGUAGUCUUCGCUGUGGAACUCCUCGUAAACACCUCUACCGUAUACUCCUGGCUUCCUCUGACCCUCUUGCCAAAUCCAACUCUGAGACGUCCGUGUUCACUGGAAGAAGAAAAGAGAAGUGUCUCAAGAAGACACGGUGUAUAUUCACUGAUUCUAGUGAAAAGAAAGUAAAUGUAUAUUAAAAUGAAUCUGGUUUGUUUAGUUUUAUCUUUAGCUUUACAGUGGUUAUUAUAUCCGCCGUUGAUAAGCUGACUACCUGUUGUCGAAAUAGUAAUAAUUCUUGUUGAAAUAUUAAUAAUCUUAUAUAGAAGAACGCUGCAGAUUGAAUUUAAGUUGAAACAUUGGUGAACGUAGAUUUAUAUGCAAGUGGUGAUUAAUUCUUAAAUCAUAACCUGGGGUUUUAUUAUCUCCGUGUUUUUAUUUUACAUUUCUUUUCUUUUUCUUUCUUAUUCUGUCGCUAGUAUCAUCACCCUUUUAAAAUGAUGCACAACGGAUUAACACGCAUAUGUGAAUGGACAGUCAUCGAAUGAACACCUAGAUUAUAGACCCAUCUUUUUCUCAAGGCUUACCAGAAUGUUAUUUCUAAACAAUAACUUGGAUAGAUUUUAAUAAGCUGGGAUUGGUGUUAGAUCAUCCAAGAGCUGUA